CCGCUUCAUCGUUACUGUUCAAGGCUUGCAGUCAACAAUGGAGGACAUUUAAGAAACGGAGUAACCGGGGCGUGCUAGUUCUUUCUACAGUAACCACUGGACGUGUAACCUUUUCCAAAAGCGGACAUUUAUUUUUCAAAAGCGCUUAUUUUUUUUUAUGUUUAUCUAAGCUAAACGUAUAUUCAAGAUGAACCUGUCGAAAUCGCUUACACGAGCCACAACUACGAUGCUCAACGUUCAAAAUGGAGUCGUGGGAUCUUUGUAUUCUGGUGCCCCUUUGUGCUAUUUUAGCCCGACAGGGCCCUUAUGUCCUGCGGCCUCUUCGAAGUCCAAAAUGGACGUUGAUUUAGGAAAUGGGACUGCUGAUACUCCUGUCCGACCUACGAAGUUAGAAGUAAAUAUGACGAAACCCAACGUAUUGGAUAGUCGUUUGUCAGACCUGGCCGACGACUCCGACGACUCAUUGCCGUGCACUCCCCUGAUGGUUACUGAGUGUAGUGCGGGGUUAUCACAUUGCCCAUCGGGCAAUGAGGUUUUGGACAACGAUACCAGACAACUCAUUGAGAAUUUAUUAAGGGACUACACAGGACUGUCUCAACCUCGUUGGAAACAAAACAAGUCUCUUGUGACGAUGAAAAGAGUGGUGGGCGACGUAAUAGCCAAGCACACAUACGCAUACAAGGGUAUGAUCUCCAAACUUUGCUUGGAUGAUCAAGGGGAUGACAUGGGUUUCAUCACGUCUGUGGCCAAGAGUCUGUUCAGUGAUGGGACUACAAACUGGGGUCGCAUUGCCAGCUUGGUGGGCUUUGGGGCAGUAGUGAGUCAACACCUGAAGGAGAUGGGCAAGGGAAACUGCGUUGAGUUGGUUGGCCAAGAAAUCUCCACAUACCUCCUCACUGACCAAAGGGCCUGGCUCGUGAAAAACAACGCUUGGGAUGGAUUUGUAGAGUUUUUUCAUGUAGAAGAUCCAGAGUCCUCAGUAAGGAACACCCUUAUGGCCUUUGCAGGAGUUGCUGGAAUUGGGGCAACACUUGCCCUGUUAAUCAGGUGAAUUGGACUAUAAAAGACUUCUUGUGGUUCCUUUUUCUCAAAGCAGAUUGGACUAUUCCUGCAAGUUUUCUGAAAUCCUUAAUAUCAGUGACUACUAUGUGGUUAGCCCAAAGGGUAAGUCUGAUUUUAGGCCAUUACUGCAUUGGGAUAGUCCUCAGUUUAGCAAUAAGGCUCAUGCUCAAGUUGUUUUUUCAGCAUCAAUAUUUUUUCUGUUUGUUGAUGAGACGUAUGAGAACAUUUGUUAAUACAUCCCAAUAUUCAUCUGACUCCUAAAAUGUAAUGGCUGUGUAAAAUUGAUUUUUAUUUAAUGUACAAAGGACAGAUGUUUUAUUUUUUUAAUAAAUGUAUUGAACUUUGACUCAUUGUACAGUAACCAAGUUAAUUCUUCAGAAAAUUGUAUACGCAGUCUAAGUAAUCAAAUGGAAAAUCUGACUGACCAAGUUUCCUUAAAUGACUGGUUUCUUGUCAAUGAGUUACACAUGCAUAAGGAUUUGUGUAAGAACUUUAUUGAACUUACAAGUUGGGGCCUUAAAAUGUAAACUAAAACUUCAGAAGUUGCGUAGAGGGACUAUAUAAAAUUGCCUUACAUGCUUUUGCGUGUUUAAAUUCUUUGUAGACAGAUUGUGUAAAACAAGAAGUGACUUAAUUUUACUUCUGGGUAACUUCGAUCAUUCUUAUCUUAAAGCCCACAUUCCUACUGCUCAUUCCAAAACCAGUCAUGUAAUUUGCAUGGAUAAAAUUACUUCCUGAUUCCGAACUGCCUGUUGCACAAGGUUGUAUUGGAAGGGGGAGGGGGCUCGUUUUGACAGGCACGUCAGUUAAGCCCAUUCUCAAGUCUUUAAACAUUUAAUUACCAAAUGUUAUGCAUUUAAAAUGAUCACUGGAAUUUUAAAUGUGGGCUUAAAGAUGGGUUCUGGCAUUCACUCAGUAGUCCUAAUCACCUGGACAAUUUAAGCAAUGCAGUUCCACCCGGUAAACCGGCCUAACUAACCCUAAUGAUGCAUUAUAAGAUUACAUUAAUUUGCUGAAGUCAGUUGGACCAGCACUUGAAAGCUAAAAGGACAUGAUUGUAUACACAUUUGUGACCGAAAGGAAUAAAGGGUGUGACUUCAUA